AGGUACAGCGUUGGCCCAUUCCUUGUGAGAGUACAUCUAUACGUGCCCCCAUGGUCACACACCCCCACGAGCAAGGCUCAUGUAAGUCAAAAGUUGUGGCCGGUGCAGAAUGCGUGCGUCCAGGAAGCACAACCUCACGGGCAAGGCUCAUGUAAGUUGAGAGUAGUGGCCAUCAAAAGUUGUGGCCGGUGCAGAAUGCGUGCGUCCAGGAAGCACAACCUCACGGGCAAGGCUCAUCCUUUCCUACACCUUUCCUACGGCCUUCCCUAUGGCCUUUCCUACGGCCUU